AGCAGGACGAAUGUCUUUGGAAGUCCAGAGUAGAGGAGAGGGUCGGAGUCCGUGAAAUAAUGUGGGUGUAAGAAGACGUAAAAACAAGAAGAAGAAGAAGAUGGUUUGACAUCCUGAGAUCUCUCUUUUUACUGUUGACAUUCCACCAGGAGUUCCAAAUGGCCGAUAGCUACUCAACACCACCUGCCAAUGUGAGCAGUGGCUCCAUUGUGGGUAACUCAGUAGCAACGGCAGUGGGUGCCGUGAUCCUCAGCUUGGUCUUCCUACUGGGCGUUCCUGGAAAUGCGUUCAUCAUCUGGAGCAUCCUGGCACGAGCACGAAGACAGUCAAUCACCACGCUUCUUAUCCUCAACCUGGCCAUUGCCGAUGGUUCUCUGAUGGCUCUUACACCAUUCUUCAUCAUCUACCUGGUGAUGGGCACCUGGGUGUUCGGGGCAGUGAUGUGCAAAAUCCUCUUCUACUUAUGUUUGCUCAACAUGUACGCCUCCAUCCACCUCAUCAUGCUGAUGAGCCUGCACCGGCUGGUGGCCGUGCUGUGGCCACGGCGUGUCAGCUCUGUCACCGGCCAGAGGACCGUGAUGCGCCUGCUGGCCGGGGUGUGGGUGCUGGUCAUGGUUGCCUCCGUUCCAGCCAUGAUAUUCAGAGAUGUGGAGACGAGAGACAAAAGAAAAGUGUGUGAUUCCUACCAUAAUCCUGAAAGUAAAGCAGUUAUCCAGUACAUGCUGGAGCUUGUUUUGGGAUUUUUAAUUCCUUAUAGCGUCAUUGUCAUGAGCUACAUCUGCAUCCUGCGGAAGAUCAGACAGACCAAGUUCCAGCGGCGCAUUCGUAGUGAGAAGCUGAUCUUAGCCAUCGUGCUGACAUUCUGCAUCUUUUGGUUGCCCUAUCACGUCGUCAACAUGGUGCAUGUAGCAUGGGCUCUGCAUCCAGAGGGGCGAAGGAAGACAAUACUGGAAAAUAUUUGGAAAAACGGCCGAGCCGUCAGCUCCUCUGUGGCCUUCAUGAGCAGCUGCGCGAACCCGGUCCUGUACUUCUUUGCUGGAAAGUCGUACAUCAGACGAGAAGGAUUUUCUUUCAUGGCCCGUUUAUUUGAGGGGACAGCACUGGACUUGGCCUCCAGGAAGUGGAGGCAGAACAGCCAGAACAGCCGUGACAAAGACAAAGAGGCUGCCAACACAAUGAUAAAGUCUAACCAGUCAGAGAACAUGGCCAACUCAAGUCCACAGAGUAAGCCAGUCUCAAAUGGCAAGUCAAGGACACGAGGACAUGAGGAUCCUGACAGGCCGGAUGCUUGUAAAGAUUGACUCAUGAACAUAAAUCCUGAACUGUCAUCUAAGCGGAUCACAACGACUGCACUGCUCCACUUUUGAUGUUUUAUGUCGACUGAGCGUUUCUUUCAUGCAAACAUUGUUUUCAGGUCAAAAUGAAUGUGAGUAGUCUUCCAACACGACCACAACAACCACUGUGACACCGUCAGGUUGUCAUGGUGAGAAGGUAGUGUAUGUAAAUGGUCAUCAGGAAACUCGUCAUCAAGUCAGAAUUGACUCAAACAAAGCAGAGGAAGUGGUUAGGCAGAGGAGGGAACACCUUUCCUGGAAACUCUCCCAUUGCUGGUUGUUUAUUCCAGUUCAAUUAAAGAACAAAUAUAAAAGCAAAGCUAGAUCUUCACAACAUUUUCUGCCUGUAACUGGUCUGUCAAUGAACAUAAAUAAUAAUAGCAAUAAUAAUAAUUUAUAGUAAUAAUUGCUCUGAUUUCUUAACCUUAGGGCCAGAAGAAUUCCACAGGUGGGGAUUAAAAUGGAGAAGACCAACCACUGAAUUUCUGUUCCAUUUCCUGUGCUUAUUCCCUAAUGGGGUGAGAGACGGCUGGUGCAUGUCCAUGCUGUCUCUUUGCUUGUUUUUCAAAGUUGGUGGGACUCACUCCAAAACUUCACGACUCAGGUAAACCGCCGCUGAGACCCAGCACCAAAGGAAAUGUGUUCGUUGAGUUAUUGAACACAAUAUUGAACAGAAUGCAAACCUAGGCAGGAUGACAGCUAGAUAAUUUGGUAGAAAUCAUAUGGAGCGGUUGAUAUGAAUGAACAGGAGAUGCAGUGUCUAACAUAUGAUGUUUGUAGUGACCGCCACGUCUAUCUGGUGUCAGUUCUGUGUCACAUUCUUGACAAGCAGAGUGACACAUAGCAAGGCAUUUUACAUUCACUUAAGUGAUAUCUGGAGAAGACAUUUCACUACGUCAAAUACUGUCAUUUGUGCUCAAUUAACGUUAUAUGUGCCAGAUGAAGAGGUGAAUGAAGAAUGAAGAACUUCAGUGCAUUUCUAGCAACAGGUAUCGUCAAAAGCAAGACGGGGCCACGGUUGUUUAAAACUGCUGGAUUUGAUCCACCAUUUGUGAGUUGGUUGGUUGGUUACACCUUUGA